ACACUUGCACACAGUCGAUAUACGGAGAAAUAGCCAGAACUGCAGUACAUUGAUGGACUUGGACCUGACUUUUAAAAGUAUAUGUGAGGUUCGCUGUAGUUAGAAUAUAAACACCGCGUGCUCUCAAAUAAUUGUACUCACAACAUGCACUUUUUCUCCCGACGUCGAUAGUUUAGCUUCCUUGUAUUUUUCUAUCCGAUAGUCACCAGGACAUGUCACUGAUUAACUUUGGUGAUGAUAACUUUAUAGCCGUGUUAUCCGUUAAAUCAGUCAGUGAGAUAUUGAGAAGAAAAAUACGUGUUCGUCUAAACAAGAGUGUAGUUCGUCAAUAUGUCAGAGCGUACGCCGCUUCUCCACUACCGUCUCUCCACCAGCGUCAAUGAAUCCGAGCUGCGGGCUCCUUCAGCCGGUCAGGCCUGGGAGAAGCCGCCGGUCAGUCCCCGGCACCGUUUCUCCCACCCGAAGCAACCGAAGAAACUUUCCACCUUCUUCGGUGUGGUCGUCCCCACGUUGCUGUCAAUGUUCAGCGUGGUUGUAUUUCUGAGAAUAGGAUUCUUGGUUGGCCAGUCUGGACUGUAUCAAGCAAUCGCCAUGUUCAUUGUGGCCUACUUCAUAAUCUGCAUGACUGUGCUGUCGGUGUGUGCCAUCUCCACCAAUGGCGCCCUGGAUGCUGGGGGGGCCUACUACAUGAUUAGCAGAGCUUUGGGUCCAGAAUUUGGUGGCAGUAUUGGAAUCAUGUUUUUCUUGGCUAAUGUGUGUGCUUGUGCUCUUUAUGUGCUGGGUUUGGUUGAAGCCAUUGUUGCCACCUUUGGAGCUCCAGAGGAUGGGGCACUGGCGCCGUCUUCGUACCAAGUCCUGCCAUCAGGCUACUGGUGGUCUCUGCUUUAUGCCACAGCAAUCGCUCUGCUGUGUUUGCUCGUGUGCCUGGUUGGUGCUCACAUCUACGCCAAGGCCACCUUCCUCAUCUUCCUCAUAGUCAUGUUUGUCCUCGGCACCAUCUUCAUCAGCUUCUUUGCAGUAGGUCCUCGCACCAUCAUCCUACCUGGUUCUGCCGCCUCCAACCCAAUGGUAAAUGGAACAGGCCCCACCAUGGCAAACUUUACUGGAUUCAAGUUGGAUACCCUGCUGGGGAACCUGAGGGCUGACUACACUGUGGAUUACACAACUGGGAAUUUGAUGACCUUUGCCACUGUGUUUGCUGUGAUGUUUAACGGCUGUACUGGCAUCAUGGCGGGGUCCAACAUGUCAGGCGAUCUAAAGAAUCCAAGCUACUCCAUUCCACGUGGCACUAUCACAGCUGUCAUCUUCACCUUCAUCAUCUACAACCUGCUCAGCGUCCUAGUGGCCUGCUCCUGUGACCGAGUGUUACUUCAGAAGGAUUACAGUUUCCUCAGAGACAUCAACAUCUGGAACCCUUUUGUUACCGUCGGAGUUUAUUCCUCUACACUUUCAGCAGCCAUGAGCAACCUCAUUGGAGCCUCACGCAUCCUGUAUGCCUUGGCCAGAGAUGACUUGUUUGGUAAGGUGCUGUCUCCUGCUAAGAAGACAUCCACCAGUGGCAACCCCUGGGUCUCUGUGCUUCUUUCCUGGUUUCUUGUGCAACUGGUGCUGUUUUCUGGGAAGCUCAACACCAUUGCCAGUAUUGUGACCAUUUUCUUUUUGCUGGUUUAUGCUGCUGUGGACUUGGCUUGCCUCGCUCUGGAAUGGGCCUCCGCACCUAAUUUCAGGCCCACUUUUCGUUACUUCACCUGGCAUACGUGCGUGUUGGGCAUUGUGGGCUGUGCUGUCAUGAUGUUUCUCAUCAACGCCAUCUACGCCUCGGCCAGCAUUGCUUUCAUGCUGCUGCUACUUCUGCUGAUUCACUACCUCAGUCCAACCUCCAGCUGGGGCUACAUCAGCCAGGCUCUUAUUUUCCAUCAGGUGCGCAAGUAUUUGCUGAUGCUGGAUGUGAGGAAGGACCAUGUCAAGUUCUGGAGGCCUCAGGUUCUACUGAUGGUUUCCAACCCUCGCAGCAGUGUAGGCCUCAUCACCUUCAUCAAUGAUAUUAAAAAGAGUGGACUCUACGUACUGGGACACGUUCAACUUGGAGAUCUCAACACUUUACCCUCUGAUCCUCUUCAAUCUCAGUAUGCCUCCUGGUUAACCCUGGUGGACUAUCUCAACAUUAAAGCCUUUGUCAAUCUGACAUUGGCUGAUUCAGUACGUCACGGAAUCCAACACCUUUUGUUCAUCUCUGGACUGGGUGGAAUGCGUCCCAACACCCUUGUCUUGGGUUUCUAUGACGACAGCUUGCCAAAAGACAAGCUUUCCACAAGUCAAUCCACAGAUCUUUCAGGGCCCUCUCAGGAUCUUGAGCAGCGUACGACGCCCUUCCACUUUGCCUCCCUUCGGGGGUCCAGUCACAGUCCUGAAAAUGAUAACCUUCAUGACGGAAAGGUUUUGGGGGCCGAGGAGUAUGUCGCAAUCAUUGCAGAUGCUAUGAAGAUGCUGAAGAAUGUGGUUUUGGCCCGUUAUUUUAACAACUUUGACCGAGCAAAGGCUCUUUCAGCGGCGUCCUCCUCUGCUGGUAAGAGUUCUGUCUACGUAGACGUCUGGCCGGUCAACCUGCUGCGUCCAGACAGCUCAAGCUACGUGGAUACCUGUUCUCUGUUCUUACUGCAGCUAGCGUGCAUUCUCAACAUGGUCCGAGCCUGGCGCAAAGCCACACUACGUCUCUUCUUGUGUGUGGAGGAAGGGCGUAGCGUGAGCGGCUCGGAGGAGAAGCUCGGACAGCUGCUGAAAGAGUUGAGAAUUAAAGCUCAAAUCUACCCUGUGCCUUGGGACCAGCAGGUGGCGCUACACUGGCAGCGACAAGGUGAAUGGGACAAGAAGCAAGCGUCACAGUCCCUCAAUACCACCAAGGAAGGAAAGAGGCGGGGAAAAGACGAAGAGGACGAUGACAAUAAUUACGCCAACAGCUUCCCGAGCAACACCACGCGUCUGUCAGAUGACUACCUGUCAGCUGUCAAUCAGCUGAUCUUAGCCCAGGCCUGGCCACCACCUGCUGUGCGCUUUCUGUACUUGCCUCGCCCACCGGCUGACACCCGUCGCUAUACUGCUUACUUGCACCAGUUGGAGCUGCUGACUCAAAACCUGGGCCCCACCUUGCUCAUCCACGGUGUGACGCCUGUCAUCACCACAGAUCUCUGAACACUUACGCAUUCCACAGGCUUAGCAUCGCUGUGUCAAUGUCCUUAUUGACGGCUGCUUCUGUCUGCAGGACUGUGGAGAACUUUUAACUGACUUCCUCACCCAAAAGCUGACAAUCAACUGACAAAAUCCAACCAACACUUGACCGUCACAGGAUGGACCAAACCCCAACAAAGCUCAACAAUGUAUUUUUCAAAGGAACAUUUUAUGAAGAUAGUGUAACAUGCUUUUUUUUCUCCAACGGUACACGAAGGAAAAACACAAAAAGACUCCAAUCCUUUGAAACAAGUGGAGAAGGUGUUCUUCCAAGUCAAACCAGUAUGGUUCUUCUGACCCGGUAAAAGGUGGUCCUCGGGUUAUGAGUUCCGUUUCUACACAGUGAUGGAAGCCCAGUUUUAGUUUAAGUCGGAACUGAUACCUAAAUGAUACGUAUUAAGUAAAUGCAAGAAAAUAUAACAAAAAGAUAACUUCUUACUAUUAUCCCUGUGUGUCUCCUCCAUCUGAGCUUUUUGGGAGAUAACAUGAAGUGUAGAAAGUCGGCCUGUCAAUCAGUCAAUCUUGAUUAAAAUAUUUAAUCGAGAUCCAUCUAAUUUUGUCCAUAGUUAACUCAGAAUUAAUCAUAUUUAACUGCAGAUGAAACACUUUUAUCUAUAGUAAUUAGGGAUGUAAAUCUCUCAAAACGCAACUACGAUAACGACAACUACAUCAAAUUUUAUGCCAAGGGAUAUACAUUUUGGAAAUAUGGGACAUUAUUUGAUUAAAAAAUGAUACACAGUUAGAAAUUUUUGAAUGUUUUAUGCGAGCGGAGAUUUGUCUCUGUUUUUUGACGGUCUUUGAACGCACCUUCUCAAGUUCUCACACGCUGCACAGAUAGCGUAGAUAGCAAGAUAGAUACUUUAUUCAUCUCCAAGAGAAAUUCACACAGACUACUAUACUGUAUUUCUCUUUCACCUCAUAUUUGCUCCCAAAUGCUGAUACUAUGUGGGAAUGCAUAAAGAUCCGAUAACCUUAUUGAGUGCUAAUGUGCUCACAUUCCAAAAAAAAACUCGUAUUCCGAGGUGCCACUGUAUAAAUGACAAUUAAAAAAUACCGGUAGCACUUGAGUACCUUCUCGCUUCUCUCUGGCAAGUCGACGAGGACGUGGUCUGUGACAACUCCAAUCACAACGACAGAAGAUACAAAUCACUUUGGUCUUGUUGGGAGAUCCAUCUGCCUUGACUUUCAAGCUAAAUUUAUCAACCAAAACACCCCUUUCUUUCUCCAUUUCUGCUCAAUAUGUGCUCCCGCUUGUAGCUACAUGGUCACUGCCGCUUCCUCAAACUACAGCGUCAGCCGAGGGUCAAACAGUGCGUGUGCACGUUAAUUGCAAAAAAAUAGUGCCGUUAACGCGUUAACUUUGACAGCCCUAGUAUAAGGUAAACUAAUAAGCGAUGUUAUUCUUCCUCAGCGUGGCUCUGCGUGAUAUUCUUUUCUUUUCUAGUUCUCGAGCAAGUGUCCUACUUACAGGCUAAAAUGAAUUUAUGGGAGUGCGUUCAGAACCACGGAACAUUGAAACACGGAACAUCGUAAACCGAGGACCACCUGCACUUAUACAGCAGGGGUGUCAGGUACACCAAAAUCACGACACCUCUGUUUUAAGAUCACAAUUCGGAAAAAUGCAACACGAAACUGUUUAGCUUUUGUGUAAACAGUUUGAAGGGUUUUUCACAUGAAACCUUACGAAAUGCUGCAAACUGCUGGCAGGUAAUUCUUCUCCAAUGAAUCAAAGCUACAGCACAUGUGUAGUUACACCCCUAUUAUGCAGUGCAUCCAUGAGCCCCAACAUGGGGACUGCACUCAUCAAGAUGACCAGCCACUGCUUCCUCACACAUUCAAUCCCACACAAGAAACACUUUUCCAUUGCUCCACGCAAUCUGAGCUGAAUUUGAAGUAUCCUCUUGCUUCCCUUGUGACCUCCUUUUUGGAGGGGGUUGAGGAGAGGUUGCCCCUCUCGUGUCUAGAAGUGAUCAUUCCAUGCGCCUUCAGAUCAAAAAAGCAGCGAGCUUGUUAGCGAUUGACAGUGUGGAACUAGUCCAGCCUGGAUGGAAAGUUGAACUACUGUUCAUUUUAGAGCAGGAAUAGUCAAAACAUUUCAGAUACACGGGCAGAAUAUACACCGGGUGUCCACAAAGUCGCUUUACAGUUUUACAAAUGAUGAGAUGUGUUGAUCAGAUUAGUUUUAUGUACUCAGUGGUUAUCAACAUUUUUUUUUUUUAUCACAUUGCAUUUUUAAAUCAAACAUUUCCAGACUGGUGGAUUGGAAGGGAUGGCCCAAUUCCCUGACUACCUUGUUUACCCUGGAGUUGUUUCUUUUGGGUUAAGUUAAAGAUAUUGUGUAUCCAAGGUGCCAGAGUGCCACCAUUGAUGAGGGUAUGCUACAGCGAACAUGCAACAAAUCGACGACUGUCUUAGGCUACUUUCACACUGCAGGUCAACGCUGAUGUUUUUGGUUAUACACUCCUGAUCAAACAGACUAGUCGAAAAAUUGCAAGAAUUUACAUUUUGCAUUGGUUCUCAGUAUCGCUUCACAAUGCAAAAGUAAAUGGGAGUGAGACCAAUUUGUUGCAAAUAACCAUUAAACUGAAAGUCUUUUCAUCAGCUGAUCAAAUGUUUAAGACCAUAGUGCAAAAAACCCGAAACCCAAACAGAUUGGGGCCAAAGUGUGUUUACUUCCACAAACACACAGCACCGCCUGUGAUGUUGUGUUGUGCACAUGCGCUUAACUUCCUGGACGCAUUACGUUCACGUUCCACACAAUUACAAGUCUCAAUUUUUUGGUAAUGUGAACGACCAGUGACGUGCGGUGAGGUUCAUGGCUGGCACAGGCUGUCGAAAGUCAUUGUGUAUAAUGAAUGUUAAUAAUGAUUGGAAUCAUACAGAAAAUACAUUUAUAAUACAGUUCAGUGGACAAAUAUUAAUAUUUAUUUUAUGUUAUCAUUUUUUGGUUUUGAGGCUCUGCCUUCCCUGACUGCGCGUUAUUGUGAAGAAAAAAAAGAUUGUAUUUUAACAAAAAAUUAUACCCAGCAGUGUGAACCGGGCCUUAGCUCUUUGUGCAACUAAUACAUGCCCAGAUAGAGGUGUACUAGAUGACGCAAAAAAUACCCCUUCAAGAUCUACUCAUUUUUUGAAACAGUUUCCACAGAUUUGCUUUUGCAAUAAUUUCUUAAGGACACCUUGUGUGUGUGUGUGUAUAUAUAUUAUAUAUAUAAUAUAUAUAAUGUAUUAUAUAUAUAAUAUAAUAUAUAUAUUUGGUAACACUUUACAAUAAGGUACACAAAAUUACAGUAGUUAAUGAGGAACAAACCUACCUAACCCUAACCACUACUCAUUAGUUCUUCAUUAGUUCCUCAGUAACUAGUCUAAAUUUGUGCCUUAGUCAUUAGUUCCUCAGCAACUACUGUAUUUUUGUGUACCUCAUUGUAUAGUGUGACCAUAUAUAUAUAUAUAUAUAUAUAUAUAUAUAUAUAUAUAUAUAUUUCCUUUUGUGGUAUGUCAUUUGCUAUUGUAUUUAACUCAUUGAUUUGAUGUAUUUGAGUUACUUUGCAACUUAUACUUUACAUUUUUAGGUUGAAUGAUAAAGUGCCAAUAUAAAAUAAUAUAACAUAUUUGCCUUUUACACACUAUGUGUUUCAUCGAUGCGCUGUAAUCACAAAGAAGCACACAGCGUAAGAACAUUCACGAUGUGGGUGUUGACUUGACAUUUUUUACAUUCGUUUACUUUGGAUGCAUUUCUUUUCUAAACGCAACACUCCUCCUUAGUGAACCAUUGUCUUUACAUUUAUUUAUAUCUUUGCAUGAUUUCAGCUUCAAUGUAGAAGCGGCCGUACCCAUUUAAUGAAGUGUCAGGUGUUGCUUUUGAUCACUGUGAACAUGUACAACAAAUAGGUGCUCAACCAAAUGUAAGGCAAGGAAAAUAAAGACUUUUU